GGAGGGAGGCUCAAAGAGAGGGAAUCCCGGCCCAAGAGAUUUGGCCGCCUGAGGACGAGGAUUAGAGGGAGGAUGCCUUCUACCUCACUGUAUGGAUCAAAGAGGGAGGACAAAGAUUCAUUUGGACCUGAUGCAAAAAAAGGCAUUGAUGCCCCCAGGAGUGAAGGAGGUGACACUUUCUGGGAAAGAACUGUCCAGAAGAUCUUGUGGGGUGACGUCAGCUCCGAUGCGCAGUGCCAGCACUUCAAGCGGAUCCGCUACCAGGAGUCCAAAGGGCCGCGGGAGGUCUGCAGCAGGCUCUUUUAUCAUUAUCAUCAGUGGUUGAAGCCAGAAUCUCAUACAAAAAGUCAAAUCUUGGAUCUAUUGAUCCUGGAACAAUUCCUGAGCAUCCUGCCACCAGAGCUGGGAAACUGGGUCAGAAAAUGUGGAACUGAAACUUGUUCCCAGGCAGUAGCCUUGGCAGAAGGUUUCCUCCUGAGCCAGCCAGAAGAAGCGCAGCAGGUCAACCAUCUCUCUAUGGAAGUUGAGUCUGAUUUUCCACUGGCAGAGAAGGUUCCAUUGGACACCUGGCUGAGUCCUCAGUGGAGAAAGGCGAUGCAUGAUGUGGUCAAAGGUGCUGCCUUGCAGGGGACAGAAAGGAUGUUGGCAACAUGUACUCAGCCAUCUCUUCUUCAUUGUGGUGGAGUGGAAGCAGAUCAGGCUCCAGUGAUCUUUGAGGAGGUGGCUGUAUCUUUCUCUGAGGAGGAGUGGGCCUUGCUGGAUCCUGAUCAGAGAGCCCUGCACAGGGAGGUCAUGGAAGAGACCUGUAGGGUCAUGGCUGCUCUUGAUACCCAGAGGAGAACAAAUGUGUGUUGCCAGUAUGAGAAAUGUGUUAGAAACAAAGUGGAUCUUGCUGCACACGAGGAAGCACACACACAAGAGGAAAUCUGUACCAGAGAGAAGCCCUAUAAAUGCUCCAUUUGUGGAGAGUGUUUUGCCCAACAUAUGGGACUUAUGCUUCAUUCCACAUCACCCCAUGGGCCCCCCCAGAGUGUUCCUACAGGAAAGAGACUACACAAAUGUCAGGAAUGUGGCAAAUGUUUUUCUCAAGCUUCAAACCUUCAGAGUCAUCAGAGAGUCCACACUGGAGAGAAGGCAUACAAAUGCGAAGCAUGUGGCAAAUGUUUGGCCACUAGGGAUUCCCUAGUCAGCCAUCAGCGUGUCCACACAGGAGAGAAGCCGUACAAAUGCCAAAAGUGUGAGAAACCCUUUCCUUCCAGAUCUGACCUUGUGAAGCAUGAGAGAAUCCACACGGGAGAGAAACCAUACAAGUGCCAGGAAUGUGGGAAAUGUUUUGGUUAUAAUUCAUCCCUUCGGAGUCAUUCAAGGCUACACACAGGAGAGAGACCAUAUAAAUGCCAGGAAUGUGGAAAAUGCUUCACUCAAAGACCAUCUCUUGUGGUUCACCAGAGAGUCCACACUGGAGAGAAACCAUACGAAUGCCAAGACUGUGGGAAAUGUUAUAUUUCCAAGUCACACCUGAUUACUCAUUGCAGACUACACACAGGAGAGAAACCAUACAAAUGCCAAGAGUGUGGGGAAUGUUUUGUUCACAAUUCAACCCUUGUAAUCCACCAGAGAAUCCAUACUGGAGAGAAACCAUACAAAUGCCUAGAAUGUGAGGAAUGUUUUAUUAGCAAGUCAACCCUUCUUAGUCACCAAAGAUUUCACUCAAGAGAAAAACUAUAUAAAUGCAAAGAAUGUGGAAAAUGCUUUUCUCAGAAUUCAGAUCUUUUGGUCCACCAGAGAAUCCAUACAGGUGAGUCACCAGUCAAAUGCCAGGCAGGUGAAAAAGAUUUGAAUUGCCAGAUAUCACUUUUGAGUCAUAUGAGCCUUCCCCAAGGAGAGAAGCCAUACAAUUGCCAGGAGUGUGGGAAAAGUUUUACUCGCAAGUCAAGGCUUGUGAUGCACCAGAAAGCCCAUAGAGGAGAGACACCAUAUAAAUGCCAGGACUGUGGGAAAGGAUUUACUUCUAAUCCAUCUCUCCUGAGUCAUCUGAGAUUGCACACAGGAGAGAAACCAUUCAAAUGCCAGGAGUGUGGGAAGUCUUUUACCCACAGAUCAACGCUUGUUACCCACCAGACAGUCCAUACAGGGGAGAAACCAUACAAAUGCCAGGAGUGUGAAAAAAGUUUUAAUUUUUAUUCAUCCCUUUGGAGGCAUUUGCUACUCCACUUGAGAGAGUUACCUGAGAGUCCACACAGGAGGUAAACUACAUCAAUGUCGAAAGCAUGCGAGAGGCUUUGUUUUCCUGCUAUGGGUGGAGGGCCUCCCAAAGCUUCCUUUUUCUCCUCUGACCAGUCAGGAUGAUGCAAAUUACACAACCUCUAGCCCACAUGGAGAGUUACCACACCCAAGUGUUUGGUUUUUUUUGAAAGCAGGAGAGCAGCUGAUUGUUUUUGGAUUUGCAACUUUUGAUCUAUUUCAGAUGAGCUUCUCUCAGCUGUGGAAGCUGAAGACAAUCCCGAUGUUUCUAUGGUCUCCUCCGACAUGUGCUCUGAAGGGCUGGAGGUUCAAGAGAUGAGAAGUGGGGCAAGCAGAUUCAACUGUCAUGGUAGUGAAACCUCUGGGGCUGUUCUUUCAGAGGAGAUCCAACCUCUUUCUGCCUACCCAGUGGUGGAUGAGGUUCACUUUCACCCAAGGUUUGCUGUGGGCAUUGGCAUCUGUGGGGUGGGGGAAGAUGCUUUAGUUUUGGGCAGUGCUGUGCUGCCUGUGAGGGAUUCCUCAUCUUCGGAAGAGGAAGGGGAGCAGGGAAGUGCUCAGAAGUUGGAGGCAGAAGAAGAAUCAGACAAUGAGGUUUUGAAAGUGCCCACAUUUCUAAGAGAGAUGAAAAGAGACAGAGCACAGAUGGCAUUCCGCUAGAAUAGCUGCUAAAAACGCCGAGCUAUUUGGGAGACACCCUAGCACCUCCUAUGUGGGGAAUUCAGGGCUAUAAAUCAGUAGCAGGAGCAGUCAGCUUUUGCUGGUAACAACGACCCUGAUUCUGCUGUUUUCACUCCAGUGGAAUCUGUUUUGUGUCUGCUGCUAAAGACUCAGUUCAUUGCCCGUUUGAUGGUAGACUGGUGUUUCGUUUGGGACCUUGUAAGAGACUUUCAUUUGUGUCUGAACUAAGACUUCCUUCCUUUCUUUUGCACUUUUCAAUUGCAUUUGCUUAUCCUUUGUGUUUGCUGAAGUAAAGCAUUUUUCUUUUACUUUCAA